CGGGAUCGGGAUCGGGAUCCACCUGCGGCUCGGCGGGGGCAGCGCCCCGAUCACUCCGGCACCGGCAGCAGCACCGGCAGCGGCAUCGAGCCAUGGGGCGGUGGGGGGGCUGCGCGGCCCCGCUCUGCCUCCUCCUGCUCCUGCUCCAGGCCGACCACCGGCUGUGUGAGCAGUUCGUGCCGUGCCAGCCCGGCUUCACCGCGGAGACCUUCAACCUCACGGUGCCCCGGGACAGCGUGGCGGCGGGGCAGGUGCUGGGGCGAGUGAGCUUUGUGAACUGUGGUGAGCAGCAGCGUGCCAUGUACCUCUCGGAUGACACACACUUCAGGGUGAGCAGGGAUGGUGUCAUUUCUGCAACCCGGCCCCUGCAGCUCCAGCAGCAGGAGAUCAGCUUCUCUGUCUACGCAUGGGACGUCUUGGGCAAGAAGCAUUCGACCAGGGUGACCCUGCGCAGGUGGUGGCAUCAUCACCUCCACCAGCACCAGGACGCAGCGCCUGACGUGCUGAUCUUCCCUAAGCACGGCCAUGGCCUCCAGCGGCAGAAGAGGGACUGGGUCAUCCCCCCCAUCAACUGCCCCGAGAACGAGCGGGGACCCUUCCCCAAGAAGCUGGUGCAGAUCAAAUCCAACAAGGACAAGGAGACCACAGUUUUCUACAGCAUCACGGGGCAGGGGGCGGACACCCCCCCCGUGGGCGUCUUCACCAUUGAGCGGGAGACGGGGUGGCUGGAGGUGACGAAGCCGCUGGACCGGGAGGAGAUCGAUAAAUACGUCCUCUUCUCCCACGCCGUGUCAGCCAACGGGCAGCCUGUGGAGGACCCCAUGGAGAUCAUCAUCACCGUCACAGACCAGAAUGACAACCGGCCCAUCUUCACCAAGCAAGUCUUUGUUGGCUAUAUUGAGGAGAACGCAAAGCCGGGCACAUCUGUGAUGACCGUGAACGCCACAGAUGCAGAUGAUGGGGUCAAUGUGAACAACGGCAUCAUCAACUACUCCAUCCUCAGCGAGGAGCCCAAGAGUGCGCAACGGAUGUUCACCAUUGACCCGGAGAAGGGCAUCAUCAGUGUCAUCGGCACCGGGCUGGACCGAGAGACCACUCCCAACUACACACUAAUCAUCCAGGCUGCGGACCAGGAGGGCAGUGGCCUGACCAACACUGCCACCGCCAUCGUGGAAGUCACCGACGCAAACGACAACCCUCCCAUCUUCAACCCCACCUCGUAUGAGGGGACGGUGAAUGAAAAUGAGGUGGGGGUGGUAGUGGCCCGGCUGCACGUGAUGGACGGGGACAUGCAGGGCUCCCCUGCCUGGCAAGCUGUCUACCGCAUCAAGAGCGGAGACCAGGAUGGUGACUUCAGCAUCACCACCGACCCCAAAACCAACGAUGGCAUCCUGAAAACCGCCAAGGGCCUGGAUUACGAGACCAGAAGCCGGUAUAACCUCGUGGUGACAGUGGAGAAUGCCGUCCCCUUCACCGUGCCCCUGCCGCUCUCCACAGCCAGUGUCCUGGUGUUGGUUGGAGAUGUGAAUGAAGCCCCUGUUUUCGUGCCCCCAGUUAAGAGGGUGGAGGUGAUGGAGGAUCUGCCACUGGGGCACCAGGUCACCUCCUACACUGCCCAGGACCCGGACAAGGAUCAGAGGCAGAAAAUCACGUACCGCAUGGGCAGUGACCCCGCGGGGUGGCUGGCCAUCGACCCUGAGAACGGCAUCGUCACGGCAGCCCAGCCGCUGGACCGGGAGUCAAUGCACGCCAUCAACAGCACCUACAAGGCCAUUGUCCUGGCGGUGGACAGUGGGUCGCCGGAUGCCACUGGCACAGGGACGCUGCUCCUUCUCCUCCAGGAUGUGAACGACAACGGGCCCAUGCCAGAGCCCCGGAUCUUUGACAUCUGCAACCGGCAGCCUGAGGAGCAGACGCUGAACAUUGUCGACAAGGACCUGCCCCCCAACACCUACCCCUUCCAAGCAGGGCUGGAGCACGGCUCUGGUGCCAAUUGGACUGUCAGGGUGAUUGAACAAGACCUGCUGGUGCUGAAGCUGGUGAAGCAGCUGGAGCCGGGGGAGUACAGCAUCUUCCUGAAGCUGACCGAUGGCCAGGGCAAGGUGCAGGUGACGCCAGUCAAAGCCCAGGUGUGCGACUGUGAAGGGCCAGCCAAAAACUGUGAGCGGCGAGCGUACAUUGCUAGUGGCGUGGGCAUCCCCACCAUCCUGGGCAUCCUGGGUGGCAUCCUGGUGCUGCUGAUCCUGCUGCUGCUGCUGCUGCUCUUCGCCAGGCGCAGGAGGGUGGUGAAGGAGCCACUGCUCCCACCUGAGGAUGACAUGCGGGACAACGUCUACCACUACGACGAGGAGGGUGGUGGUGAGGAGGACCAGGACUAUGACCUGAGCCAGCUGCACCGGGGCCUGGAUGCCCGCCCCGAGGUGAUCCGCAAUGAUGUGGCCCCUCCACUGAUGACUGCCCCCCAGUACCGGCCCCGGCCUGCCAAUCCUGACGAGAUCGGGAAUUUCAUCGAUGAGAACCUGAAGGCGGCAGACACGGACCCCACGGCCCCCCCCUACGACUCCCUGCUGGUGUUUGACUACGAGGGCAGCGGCUCAGAGGCCACCUCGCUCAGCUCCCUCAACUCCUCUGCCUCCGACCGCGACCAGGACUACGACUACCUCAACGACUGGGGCAGCCGCUUCAGGAAGCUGGCAGACCUCUACGGCGGCGGGGAGGACGACGACUAGGACCCCCCUGGCCCCGGCCCGGCUGGCAGCCACCCGUUGAGGUGGCUCACCUCGUUUCACCCCAGCAGAGUCAUGUUGCUCUUUGCCUGGGGGGCGGCCAACCCCCCUCCACAUUCCCUCAACCUGGUGUCCACAUCCCUCUUGUUCAGCAUAGGGAAAGCUUGGGGUCACCAGGGCUAGGGGGGAGGUUAAGGAGCCUGUGUGUUUCCUGUCUCUCCUCAGCUCCAGGCAGGGCAUGGAGCCAUUUGGUCUGUUCCCCGUCCUGGAGCCGAGGUGCUCCUGGCUGUGUGGGCCAGGAUCAGCUCCUCUUCCCUGGCAGGGACAGGCCCCCGCCGCCUUCCUCCCUUUGCCGCAGGGGAAAAAAGGGUUUCUCUGGCACUCCGAAAUACCUCGUGCUCCCAGCCCCGACACAACCACUGACCUGCUGCCAUGCUCAGAUCAUGAACCUGGUGCCAGAGAAGUGGGGUGGUGGGCACCAUGCCUCUGCCAAAGUGGGGCGAGGUGAUCAAUAAAUGCAGACCAAAGAUGUGCCAUCACAUGCUAUACGUGAGGGAAUUACAUUUUAUAAUAUACAUACAGGCAGAUUUCUAUUUUUCUGUAUCCCAGAUUAUGAUAUGAUUUCCUCCUGUGUCAUGCCAGGUGUAAUUAUUGUGCAGUCAAUGAAAGACACUUUCGGAAAUCAAAUGGCUUUACUGAAAUUCUGAACUCUGUGUUUAGCUGUUGUCAUUGUUUGUAUUUUUUGUCAUGGGAAAAGGGUCUGAUGUGCUAGGAAACCAGCAAUGAUCUAGAGUUAAUUGAUUGCACGGUUUUUAUAUAAAAUUGAAAUAAUAAAUUGUUUUAAGAAAACCAAAA